AUGGCCACAUCCAAGGCUCAGCUGAAGGCGAUUAACGAAGCCAUCAAGGACUCCAAAUUCGACGAGGCGAUUGAGAAGUCCAGAGAAUUCCUGGCUAAAGACUCCAAGAACUACCAAGGAUACAUCUUCCUUGGUUUUGCUUUAGACAAGAAGCAGGACUACGAAAACUCGGAGAAGACAUACCGGGCAGCGGUAGAGGCAAAACCCCAGGAAGCUCAGGCAUGGCAGGGACUGGUCAGGAUCUACGAAAAGCAAGAUGACCUGUACAAAUCGCAGGAUGUGGUCAACAAAUUCACAGACUACGUCAGGACCAACGGCGACAGGUUAGAGUACGCCGACGCGCUCUGGAUCACCCUUCCUGAAAGCCCCAUCUAUCCCCUCCUAGAGGGUCGCCUGCCGCACCCCAGCCAGACGUACGAAAGAGUGGCGGGCAUCCUCGAAGACUUUGAGAAGAAGAAAAUCAACACUCUGAUCGGAGAACGGCGGACGAGGCUUGGCGCGAAGCUCAGCGAGGUCACUCUAGAGGUCAAGCGCGAGGUAUACGCGCAAAGCCGGCUGGAGCACAUCUACCGACAGCUCAUCAACUGGACAUCAGAUGACGACAUUCGACGCCAAUAUGAGGAAAAGCUAUUGUUUUACUGCUACGAACGUCUUUUAUGUACCCCGCCAGGCGAGCUCAAAGACCAAGAGCGACAAAAGGUGUUUGGCCUGGCCCGCGACAUGGUGGCGAUCGACCACCCAUACAAGCUAGCCUGGGAUAUAACUGUCGACUGGCAAGACCACAAGGAAGUCAGCCAAUAUGACCCUGCGGUUUUGCGAAGCUAUCGCCAACAUUUCCCCGAGAGUGAUCUGUACAAGGUCAUCACCGCCUACUUGACCAGUACCAUUUCGCCUUUUGGGCCACUCGACGGAGAGAAGGACGAAAAGGACGAGCGAAAGAGCUCCAUCUCCAAAGCGUCUGACGACAGCGAAGACGACGACGAGGGUGGCGUUGCCACGUACAUCGUGCCAUUGACCGACGAGGACCGCAUGACAAUGUUGACUGAAGGGGUUACAUUGCUCACCUCCCCCUUUGGUUACAGGCUAGCCGGCCAGAUGUUCUUACACCAUGGCGAGUACGAGACCACCGUGGAGUUUAUGCGCAAGGCCAAGACUUUUCUCAGUCAGGAGAAGCCCAAGACAGGACUAUCCUCCACCAACACGGAAGACUCUUACAAUCUGAGUCUGGGCACAGCACUCGUGUACUACCAAUCGCCACGACACCACACUGAGGCAAAAUCGUUAUUUGACAAGGUCCUUGAACAUGAUUCCAGCUCCACGCAGGCCAUGAUCGGUGUCGGUCUGAUCUAUGAAGAGGAGGAAGAGUAUGAUCAAGCCAUCGACUUCUUGAGUCGCGCCCUCAAGAGAGAUGAUGCCAACGUACGGAUCCGAUCGGAGGCUGCCUGGGUCAAAGCCCUCAAGGGAGAUUGGCAAGCUGCCAAGGACGAAUUGCAACGAUGCAUUGAGCUCAUCGGAACCAAAACCCCACCCAAGCAGCUACUCGCGGACACACAAUACCGCCUCGGCUCGUGCAUCUGGAACCUGGACUCUAGUCGGCAGGCGCGCAAGCAACGUGGAGCCAACAGCGCUUACGCCUUGUGGCUGGCGGCGCUCAAGAACAGCUUGAACCACGCGCCUACCUACACCAGCCUGGGCAUUUACUAUGCCGACUAUUCCAAAGACAAGAAGCGCGCGAGGCGCUGCUUCCAAAAGGCUUUGGAGCUCUCGUCGGCCGAGGUGAUGGCAGCGGAGCGGCUCGCCCGGUCAUUUGCUGACGACGGUGACUGGGACAGAGUCGAGCUCGUCGCGCAGCGAGUUGUCGACUCGGGCAAGGUCAAGCCUCCUCCCGGGUCCAAAAGGAAGGGUAUCAACUGGCCGUUUGCAGCGCUCGGUGUCGCUGAGCUGAACAAGCAAGAUUUUCACAAGGCUAUCGUGUCGUUCCAGUCCGCGCUACGGCUCGCGCCGAAUGACUAUCAUUCCUGGGUAGGACUUGGCGAAAGCUACCAUAGCUCUGGACGGUACGUGGCCGCAACCAAAGCCAUUAUGAAUGCGCAGAAGCUCGAAGAAGACUCGGAAAGCGAUGUGUCGGGCGACACGUGGUUCACCAAGUACAUGCUUGCCAAUAUCAAGCGUGAGCUCGGCGAAUACGACGAGUCGAUUGAUUUGUACGAGGCAGUCAUGAAGACACACCCCGAAGAAGAGGGUGUUACGAUUGCCUUCUUGCAGACCAUGGUGGAGAAUGCCCUGAGCUCAGUUGAGAAGGGUCUGUUCGGCAAGGCUAUCCAACUAGCAAAGGAUGCUAUUGAGUUUGCUGGGAAGACGGAAGGGUCAGUCCAGGAGACUUUUAACUUUUGGAAGUCGCUCGGUGACGCGUGCUCCGUCUUCGUGUCUGUCCAAAGCCGACUGGACGAGAUUCCCUCCGAUUGCGUACAGCGGCUGGUAGGCCUCGUUGCGAAGGAGGCAAGCGAUCUUUACGCGACAUAUGACAAGGUUACCAUUGGGAUAAAAAACGACGGUGCCCAGUUUGAGGAGGGGCUAACCCAUUGUUUACAUGCCAUGAUCUACUUCUUCAAGCAGGCCAUACACGUCUCGUCGGUUGACCGAUAUGCUCAGGCGGUGGGCUACUACAAUCUGGGCUGGGCUGAACACCAAGCUCACACCUGCCUGCCUGGCAAUCUGAGCAAGAAAGCGAGUGGCUACUCCAAGACUUCGAUCCGCGCGUUCAAACGAGCAAUCGAGCUGGAGGCUGGCAACUCGGAAUUUUGGAAUGCACUGGGUGUGGUGACGUGCUACACCAACCCCGAGAUAUCCCAACACGCUUUCAUCCGCAGUCUGUACCUUAAUGAACGGAGUCCCGCGGCCUGGACGAACAUGGGUGCUUUGGCACUUCUUUCCGGAGACACUAAGCUCGCAAACGAGGCAUUCACGAGGGCGCAGUCUACCGACCCCGACUAUGCUCAUGCGUGGCUUGGGCAGGGCUUCGUGGCGCUUAUGUGCGGUGAUGGAAAGGAAGCUCGCGGGUUGUUCACCCACGCUAUGGAAAUCGCAGAGGCAUCGUCCGUACCAACGCGCCAGCACUAUUCGAUAUCCAUGUUCGACCACAUCCUGGCUGCACCUGCCGGCCUGAGCAUAGCGUCACUUGUGCAGCCCCUGUUUGCACUGAACCAGCUCUGCAGUCUUCGUCCGCAUGACCUUGCAUUUGCCCAUCUCGCAACCAUGUUCCAGGAACGCACGCGCGAGAGCGGGCGUGCUGUCGAGAUUUCCGAAAAGAUCUGCUCACGGCUCGAAGCGGACUACGAGAAGACCGAGUCGGCAGAGAGUCUGGCGCAAUUUAUGCUUGCUAGGACGGAUCUGGCCAGAGCAUACCUUGCAGACGGUGAUUACGAAAAGGCCAACGAGUGUGGCAGUAUGGCUCUCGAACUAAGCUCCGACGAGGGCGACAACGAGCUUCCGCGUGAGCAGCGAAGCAAAGCCAGACUUUCAGCUCACCUCACCGUUGGCCUCGCAAAGUAUUACCUCAAAUCCUUUGACGAGGCGCUGGCGAGCUUUGAAGCUGCCUUGAAGGAGUCGGACCAGAAUCCAGAUGCCACAUGUCUGCUUGCGCAGGUUCUGUGGGCACAGGGCACAGACGACGCAAGAGAACGAGCACGCUCUAUACUCUUUGAGGUUAUUGAGACACACCCCGGCCACGUCCAGUCCGUUCUCCUGCUCGGUGUCGUCGCUCUCCUCGACGAUGACGAGGACAGUAUUGAGGCCGUCGUUGAAGAGCUCCAGGGACUGCGCACAAACGACAAACUCACGGCCAGUGAGCAGUCUCACAUUGGCGAGGUGUUACGUACUAUUGCAGCCGUCAGUGGGAAGAAGGAAGACAUGACAAAUCAGGUACAGAACGACAUAAUGUUGUACCCCCAUCUACCGCACGGCUGGUCGAGUCUUGCCGAGACAGCAGGCGAUGAGCAGGCGGCACAAAUGGCACUCAAGGUCGCGACGAGGGGCAUUCCCCCACGCGGUGUUCUCGGAGGAGAAGACGUGUCGAGGGCGUAUUCGGGCACCGGUCGGGCCGGCGAUGCCCAACGUGCUGUGCUGCUUGCGCCCUGGGAGAAGAAUGGCUGGGGUGCGUUGAGUAUAGCAACAGAGGGUAUCUAG